AUGGCGUUCUCGUUCUCGACUCCGCAGCAGCAGCAGCAAACCCCAUCAUUUUUCCAGUCUCAGCCGCAGCAGCAACAACUGCAACAGCCUUUCUCCAGCAGUUUCUUUCCGCAGCAGCAACAACAACAGCAACAGCAACAACAACAAUCUCAGCUGUUUCAGCCGCAGCAGCAACAGCUGCAACAGCAAACUCAGCAGCAACAAUUGUUUCUUUUUACUAAUGAUAAAGCUCCUGCUACUUACAGCACUAAGUGGGCAGAUCUUCAUCCGGAUUCCCAGAAGCUUCUGCUCCUAAUCGAGGAGCGGAUAUUGGAGCACAGGGAUGAGAGUAACAGGCUAGAUCAGUGUAGCCGUCUUUACGAUUCAUCAGUCUUGAAUGAAGGGUUCGAGCUUGAUGCCAGCCAUAUUGUUCAGGAACUUGGGGGGAUUAACACUGCCAUGGAAAGACAAAAAGCUGUGCUGCAUGAGCUCAUGUCCAAUGUCAAAGACAUGUUAAGAAAUACAGAGAUGGCUGUCCGUUCUUUCAUGAUGCUCCGUCCAAGGUUUAUCCACCCUACUGCAGGCGGUUCUUCAAAUGUCACUGCUCCAUCCCAGCCACCAAAUUCUGCCAGCCAACCAUCGUCUACUUCCCUAGGACCUGUAUUUGAUUUCUACAGUGGGCUUCCAAAAAAGCCGUCUCCCUUCCUACAGCAAACAGUUGUCAGAUUCGAGAAGUACUUGGGUGAAUGUCGGCAAUGGAUUGAAGAGUUGGAGCAGCUUCUCCUUUUAGAUUCCUACAGGAACUCUUCCCACCCUGAAUCCACAUUGCUGCAGUCUCUCCCUAAGGUCAUGUCAAAUGUGCAUGACUUUUUCGUCCAUGUAGCUUCUAAGGUGGAGAGCAUACAUCAGUAUAUCGAAUCAAUGAGGACAGCUUACCUUGCGGACCAGCGGCGUCGAGGUGAUGUGAAUGACCCGUUUCUUGAGGCGGAUCGUCGUGAGACUGCGAAACAAGAGGCUGCUGCUAAGAGAGUUCAUCCAACUCUGCAUUUGCCGGCAUCAAAUUCUCAGCCUUCGAAUCAAGUUGCUGGGUUGCUACCUGCACCUGUUGCAUCAUCAACUGCUCCGCAUACAUCUUUGGCAGCAGCAGCAGGACCAGCAGCUCCUUCAGGGACUGGGUUAUCUCUGUUCAGCACACCAUCAUCUUCUGCUCCUGUGUCUUCUAUGUCGGGUUCUUCUUUGUUCGGUACACCAACACCAUCUGCGCCGCCUACAUCUUCUUUGUUUGGGACAACAUCAGCAUCAUUGUUCAGUCCUGCUUCUACUCCAUCGUUGUUUUCUAAUCCUGCUUCAGCCUUUGCUCCUACCACCACCCCUGCUGCUGCCAGCUCCCCAUUUCCAAAUCCAUUUGCUUCAGGUGCAGCAAUAGCAUCUGGAGCUAGCUUAACUGGAUCGAGAUCAGCUAAGCCAAAAUCGAGAACUAGCAGGCGCUAG